CGGUGACACCAGACCGGAACAAGCUUCAACGUGGGGAGUCAAACAGUGGAGAGCUUUUCCACGCUCAAGAAUACAUGAUCUCGAAUUCUGUGCAACGUCCCUGGAUCCUGAAGAGAUGACUCUGGAAGAGUCGAACCUGUGCUCCCUGCUCCUGAGGGAACACUUUGGGGAAGUCGUGGACCGAGUCGGAACCCACCUCAUCCGGACCGGGGCUCAGCCUCUGAGAAUGAUCGCGCACGACACGGGGACCCUGCUAGACCUGGUGAAGAAGGCCCUGUGCGUGCUGAUCCAGCACAGCCUGGCCUGGUUCCGGGUGAGCCGGCGUGGGCAGGUGGAGUACGAGGCGGAUUGCACCCGGGUCCUGCGGCUCCAGCGCUACCCGCGGUACAUCUACACGGCGAAGACGCUGUACGGAGACACCGGCGAGCUGGCCGUGGAGGAGCUGCUGCAGCAUGGGAAGAUGAGCAUGAGCAGAGUGGUGAGGAGGGUGGCAGACCGGCUCACUGACUCCAUGGAGGAGGGGAAGUCGAUGGAGCACAGCGAGGUUGCGAACACGUUCACCAAGCUGGUGGAGACGCACUUCCUGCAGCGCUGCCCCCUGGUGUCGGAGGCUGAGAAGAGCGAGGGGGCGAGACCCCAGCCUGCUCCCACCCUGCAGGAGCCGACCAAUGACAUGUACACCCUGCCCGAGGUCAACCUGGCCGGGCGAGGGAAACGCAGGAGGUCUGUCGAUGACACAGAGGGGGAAUCCAAAAGCAAGAGAUCCCGACUUGACCCCCAGGACACAGAGCCCGCGCUGGAUGACGGUAUUUACUGGCAGGUGAACUUGGAGAGGUUUCACCAGCACUUCCGAGACCAGGCCAUCAUAGCAGCGGUGGCCAGCAAACUGGACCAGACGAGCAGCGAGAUCGUGCGCACCAUGCUGAGGAUGAGCGAGGUGACCACCACACCCGGAGCAGCACACACGCAGCCGCUGUCAUCCAACGAGAUUUUCCGCGCGUUGCCGGCCGGCUACAGCAUCUCCAAACCGGUUUUGGACCAGUACCUGUCCCUGCUGGCUGAUGACCCGAUGGAGUUUGUCGGAAAGUCGGGGGACAGCGGGGGAGGCAUGUUCGUCAUCAAUCUACACAAGGCCCUCGCCUGCCUGGCCAAGGCAGCACUGGAGUCCGUGGUGCAGGAGAGGUUCGGCUCCCGCUCUGCUCGUAUCUUCCGGCUGCUCCUGAGGAAGAGGCACUUGGAGCAGAAGCAGGUCGAGGAUUUCGCCAUGAUCCCGGCAAAGGAGGCGAAAGACAUGCUGUACACCAUGCUGUCUGAGAACCUGGUCUCCUUACAGGAAAUCCCCAAGACCCCGGACCACGCCCCCUCCAGAACCUUCUACCUGUACACGGUGAACCCCCUCCCCACCGCCAGACUGCUGCUGCAGCGCUGCUACAAGACGGUGGCCAAUCUGAUCAAGAGACGUCAUUACGAGACGAAAGAGAACAAGCGUCUCCUGGAUAAGUCCCAGAGGAUCGAAGCCAUCAUUGCCUCCAUGCAGGUGACUGGAGCGGAGGAGACUCAGCUAGCGGAGAUCGAGGAGAUGAUCACUGCGCCCGAGAGACAGCAGCUUCAGAAACUGAAGCAGGACGUCAACAAACUCGACUCCAGCGAGAACCAGGUGGACGAGACCAUCUUCCUGCUGGAGUCCUACAUCAGCUCCACCCUGUCCCCUCACUGACUGGGAGAGAGUCCUACAUCAGCUCCACCCUGUCCCCUCACUGACUGGGAGAGAGUCCUACAUCAGCUCCACCCUGUCCCCUCACUGACUGGGAGAGAGUCCUACAUCAGCUCCACCCUGUCCCCUCACUGACUGGGAGAGAGUCCUACAUCAGCUCCGCCCUGUCCCCUCACUGACUGGGAGAGAGUCCUACAUCAGCUCCGCCCUGUCCCCUCACUGACUGGGAGAGAGUCCUACAUCAGCUCCACCCUGUCCCCUCACUGACUGGGAGAGAGUCCUACAUCAGCUCCACCCUGUCCCCUCACUGACUGGGAGAGAGUCCUACAUCAGCUCCGCCCUGUCCCCUCACUGACUGGGAGAGAGUCCUACAUCAGCUCCACCCUGUCCCCUCACUGACUGGGAGAGAGUCCUACAUCAGCUCCACCCUGUCCCCUCACUGACUGGGAGAGAGUCCUACAUCAGCUCCGCCCUGUCCCCUCACUGACUGGGAGAGAGUCCUACAUCAGCUCCACCCUGUCCCCUCACUGACUGGGAGAGAGUCCUACAUCAGCUCCACCCUGUCCCCUCACUGACUGGGAGAGAGUCCUACAUCAGCUCCGCCCUGUCCCCUCACUGACUGGGAGAGAGUCCUACAUCAGCUCCGCCCUGUCCCCUCACUGACUGGGAGAGAGUCCUACAUCAGCUCCGCCCUCUCCCCUCACUGACUGGGAGAGAGUCCUACAUCAGCUCCACCCUGUCCCCUCACUGACUGGGAGAGAGUCCUACAUCAGCUCCGCCCUGUCCCCUCACUGACUGGGAGAGAGUCCUACAUCAGCUCCGCCCUCUCCCCUCACUGACUGGGAGAGAGUCCUACAUCAGCUCCGCCCUCUCCCCUCACUGACUGGGAGAGAGUCCUACAUCAGCUCCACCCUGUCCCCUCACUGACUGGGAGAGAGUCCUACAUCAGCUCCGCCCUGUCCCCUCACUGACUGGGAGAGAGUCCUACAUUAGCUCCGCCCUGUCCCCUCACUGACUUGGAGAGAGUCCUACAUCAGCUCCACCCUGUCCCCUCACUGACUGGGAGAGAGUCCUACAUCAG